GUUCGCGCUCCGAUCCGGGAUUGACAAGAGGUCUUCUUGCCGCUCCAACAGAGUUUACCUGAUUCUGCCUGAUUCAUCAGCGGCGAAUACCCGGGAGCCAAGUUUCUCGCUCGUUCAGAUCGCACGUCGCACGUUCGUUUACGCAGCGCACGUCGCCGAGGAGCGCGCGGUAGAAUUUGUUAUUGGCCGUGUGCGAUCGCGAUCAGUCAGUCGCGCACGUGAGUCAGAGUCACCGAGGGAAUUUGUUAAAAAAGAAAAGAACGCGUGGCAGAGCCCGAGUCGCUUGAUUAUGUGCGCGAAAAUGGCCUUUCAGCAUCAGCCGGGUACCGCGAUGGAGUGCCUAAGCAUACCAAUUACAUUACACAAAGAGACAGAGAUCAAUGAAAAUGGCGAGGAGGUGAUGAAAUGCGGAUUUAAAAUCGGUGGUGGCAUUGAUCAGGAUUUUACAAAAAGUCCACAGGGUUAUACAGACAACGGGAUAUAUGUAACGGAGGUACACGACGGAUCGCCAGCUGCGAAAAGUGGUCUUAGGAUGCACGACAAAAUUUUACAAUGUAAUGGAUAUGACUUUACGAUGGUGACUCACAAGAAGGCGGUUUCUUAUAUAAGAAAGCAUCCAGUAUUAAAUCUUUUAGUAGCCCGUAAAGGUGUUACUAGUACUUAAAAAUAAUGCCAAAAGAGAUUUUUAUUGACAGAUAUUUAUUUCAUAUUAUACUCUGACGAGGUUUGCGUAUCCGUUGUAUUUUUCUGCCAAAUAUUACAGUAGGUAUUAGCAACCUCUAUUAAUUAAUACGUAGAAGUUAGUUCAGAAUAUAUAAGACGACGUUAAAUCAUGUGACUGAAAAAGGUUUAGAUUUCUCUGUUUACUUUAAAGCUGAGACAAACAGUUGUUACGCUAACUUGAUACUAUUAAUAUCUUUGUAAAGAAGUUUAAAAAGAGAAAUGCCAAAGUACAAUAAUGUUGCAUUAAGUUAUAUCUUCGAAUAUAAUGAUAUUUUUUCUCCAUUAAGAAUCCUGCCAAGAAUUUAUAUUACACGUAUCUUUCUUGAUGCAUUUCGCAGUUAUCAAAUCUAAAUAUAAUCAACAAUGAUAAGUGAAAUUGGACCGAUAUGAAUCUUACAAUUAAAUAGAGAAGAUGCCAUCUUUCGUCGGGCUGGAGCUUGGUAACUUAAUUAUAAUAUUUGUGCGAAUUUUGUAUACUUUUUCCAACUUAGCAAACUGCGCGCCAAUUAUUUGUCGGUGUUGAAACACAGGUUUUUAUUGGAAUAGUAAAUCCACAUAUUUAUAUCAAUAAAUCAAUUUGACAUUUGAUUGUUAGUAAGUACCUUUUAAAUCACUGUAAAGACAUUAUUGCGAAAAAUAUUACUCUAGCCAGGGUUCGAACCUGGAUUUUGUUCCAAUCCACGACGAUUGUCUUUACCAAUUCGAUCACUGAGGCAUGUACAAAUAAUCGACAAAUAAUCGGCUAAGUUAGAAAACAGUAUACAAAAUUCACAUAGAAAUAUUAUUAUUAGACUACCAAGUUCUAGCUCGAUCGAAGGUGACAUCUUCUCUAUUUAAUUGGAAAUAUAAUCACUUUAUGACUUUAGUAAAAACAUACGUAAUAGCCAUAAUAUCAAUUUUUUAUACACUUUAUUUGAUAUACUCAAAGUUCAAUUCCAGCGAAAGCAGAAUUGAUAUUUGUGAGAAAAGAUAUUGGGAAAUUUCAAGGCUUCCAUUCACAAAUAUUUAUAUUAUUCUGUAUGAGUUAUUUUCUUUAAAAUAUGAUAUUUUUAAAAGUACAAUUUACACAUAAUUGUCAAUUAUUUUGAUACACUUAUAUUUUCAAAUUAUUGUGAUACAUUAAUCUAUCUUUUUUAACCCUUAUGUGAGUGACGAGGUACCAGGUACCUUUUGCGUUUUAACAACAUAAACAAACUAAAAUUCUUUUACAUUCUAGUCGCAUUAAAGGGCUAAAACUUUGUGAGAACUCCUAAAUCGAGUUUUUUACUCCCCGAGUACCCGGUUACUCACAUAAGAGUUAAUAUGCAUAUAAUUUCAACAUGCCUAAAAUAAAUUGGAGAUGUAACAAAUGAAAAAAAAAAAAAA